AUGAGGUUCAAAUUCUUAUUGUUCGCCUGUCUCUUAGCCUCAUGCGGCUCACAAGUGAAGGAUCGUCUCCUCGUGCAGUACACUUGCGCCGGACAGCACUACUGUGACCCAAAGUCGAUGCGUACCUUCACAGAGACCGGCGGGCUGGUAGUGUGCAACGACGCGAGUGUGGACAGCAUUUAUGAGGCCAGCUCCACAUUCCUGGUGCACAAAGUGAAGGCAGCGUUGUGGUGGGGAUAUGAGGGGAUAACCUGGCGACAUGGCCUCGCUUGCUGGGAUCAAUAUCAAGACCUGGCGCCCACCAAUGAGAGCAGCGAUUUCCUCUGGUACGGCGAUCAUUGUCAAAGGACCAUGGUGUCGGAAUGCGUCAAUUGCCCGGCCGGAUGGCAGUACAGACCGCCCAAGUCGAAUAGCCCGUUCUCCUGCGUGCCCAGCCACGAGGACGGCUGGCUGAUGCAACAGCUACGCGACGCUCCGUAUGAGCGGUUGUCGGCGAUGGAGGUGAUGCCGACGCCGCGAUAUUGUCCUGAGGGCUUCUUCGAGCGCACCAACUGGCAACUAGGCGAGCUGUGUCGUCCGUGCCCAAAGAACUGCUUGCGUUGCAUGUUCCCGGAUAGUUGCACAAUGUGCCAGCCCGGCUUCUUGCCGACGUUCAACAACUCGCACUGCGACCCGCUGCUGCCCCCCGGGAAGACGUCAGAUUACAGCCUCGAGGAGAUCCUGACACCCCGGCCCUACUGUGAUUCGGACGAGUUCCUGCUCUACAGCCGCUGCAUGCCGUGCCAAGAAUACCUGCCACAUUGCGUGACGUGCCAAGCCACCACCAAGGUUACGGAGUCGGUGUGCACGAGGUGUGAGCGCGGCUAUUUGCUGUCGAAGGACAAGCACCGGCAGCGAUGCGUUCAGAUCACCGAAUGCAUCGAGUGCGCCCGCGGGCUCUACAAACUUCUCGAUCGCAACGAGCACCGAGCCACCUGCCACUAUGAGUGCCCGCCCGGAACCUACCCAACCAACAAGUUUCCGUUCUACUGCCGGCGAUGCCACUACACCUGCAGGACGUGCUGGGGACCAUCGAACCUUGAAUGCCACGGAUGCUACUUUUUCGCCUUCAUCGACGAACAAUCAUUGCUGUUGCGCUGUGGCGUCCUGCCCGGAGAUCCGCCCUCGCCGGACGUCACCAAGUUCACCCCGGACUUUAUAGCAUACGCGAGGAAAAAAUUGGAGGCGGGUUUUUCGGUGUCGUCGAGGCCACAAGACAUUUUUGGAGUUUUGUUUACCCACAGAUUCUAUCGUACCAUAUCCUUGAUGCGCAUCACCACGUGGCUGUGGUCGGAGUUGUGGGAGUCGAUCGAGGAACGGGGCGAGGCUGCCAAGGACGCGCCGUUAUGGGGAAAAUACCCAAAAUUUUGCCGCGACAACAAGUGCCUCGACCAUUGUGACCCGGCGACGGCUACACUUUUCCAUCCGUGCCCCACUUGCUUGCCCGGCUACUACAAGGACAUGCGGGGAUAUUGUAUUCCGGAUUGCCCAGACGGCUCGUUCGCGGACGACAAGCUGGGCCGCUGUAUCCUGUGCCACGAGCCGGUCGCGUGCAAAAGGUGCACCUCGGAGUGCAAGGCCGACUACGAGCUGCUCGAGCCACUGCCCGGCGUCAAAAUUUGCACUCUCCGAAUGAGACCUAGUCAGGAUACGCUGCAAAUCUUCCGGAAGCGGCAUACCGAGACGGGCACCGGCUGGUUUCUCUACUUCUUCGCCAUGCUGGUCGCCUACGUGUGCUCGCAGUUUGGGGCGUUAUAUGUCGCCCUCUUCCUCGGGAAGCUCGACAAGGCCGAGCUGAUUUGCUGGGGCUACGACCACAUCGUCUCCGAAGCGGCCCUGGCCCACCUGGCAGAACUGUUAGUGCUGAAACGAAGCAAGAGCAAGAGCGGCUCUGUCGGAUCGGGCAGCUGGUCGCGCAGGGCGACGCGUCGCGGUUCGGCAGCUACAAUCGAAUCUUACGCCUGCAACACCAGAUAUGACUCUUCCUCGUCCAAUGGUUCGACACGCAGGCGCAAGAGGCGCGUGUUCAUCAGGCCGAACAUUGGUGCAAAGGCCUUCAGAAGCUGGCGAAAGAGGCAAAAAGCGGAAAAGAAGGCGCAGGGAUUACCGGUUAGCGUGACGCAGGACAGCUUGUGGACUUCCGGCCACUCCGAGCCAACCCAGGAAACAGCCGAAAAACCAGCGGUGCCAAUUCCAAGCCAACGAUCCGUUGCAGAAGACGCGACGUCGGGAGACCGGCUGAAUUCUGAUCCGCUCUCAUCUGCUGCGGCCUCCCAAAAAUCUGCUUGUGAAGAGCCCGAGCCGCACCCGAAUCGGAGCAGCCCCGUCAGCUCGUGGCGA